GGCGAUGCAGUUUUACCUGUAGGUUUCAUUUUAGAGGAAUGGCACAUUCCAGUAAAUAUAUAAAGAAAAUCUUUGAGGUAAAUUUCAUCCAGUUCUUCGGCUGAUCUCAUCGUCUUCAGUGUCUCACUGAUCAAAAAGAAAAACGCAUUUUAAAAAAAUGUUGACUCAUUCCGCCGCAAUCUUCUUGGCUCUUUUGAUUGGUUCCUUGACAACUACUGUCACCUGUCACUGGAAAAAUAGCAAAUUGGCUGGUAGUCAUGGUCACCUGAUGGGCACCAAAGGAGAGAGAUGUCCACCAGGAAUGAGACUGGUUGUAGGCACACACUCUCCAGGCCUGUUGGCAGGAAACUUUGCAGCAAUGUGCGAACCCUGGAACAACGGAAUCGUUUUUCCACACGGACCGUCAAACACUUUUAUUCAGCCAAACGCAGCCUUUGUUCAUCCUGCUGGCAUCUUCAAUCAACCAUUACAUGCUGCCUCGACUGGUGUCGUCGGCCAUCAUUGGGCUGGACUCCAAAAAGGCUUUGUUUCCAAAGGAUUGUCGCUGAAGAGCGCACUACACGCUGGUAUGGGUUCAAAGUUUAGCAAACACGCCAUCAAGCACAGCCUAAAAUCAAAGUUUUAGAUCGUCAUGAAAAUGCGGGUUUUGUGAAAUAACUGUUUGCUCAAGAUAAAUAUGUUGAGCAUGUAAAGGAACGAGAAACGUAACGCAGAAAAAUGGAACAAUAGUGGGAAUGUCAUUUAUGAAUUUAUGGUGUUGAAAUACAAACUGUGUUCCAAA